UCGAGGUCGGACGAUCUCGUUUCUUACUGUUGACGAAUUUCUAUCGACCAUUGUUUCUCUGGUUAUAUAAUUCGAUAGAUCAUUGUUGUUUGAUGCCUGAAUUAGGGUUUUAUUUAUGCAUUUGGGUUUCUCCAUCACUCUUCUGGUUUGAACUCUUUCUUCUAAAAGAUUUAUUCUUCAGUGGGUUUUUGAUGUUUGCUUCUCCAUUUUGUGUUUUUCUUCGAUGGGUUUCUUACACAGUUCAUUGUUUACCAAGAGGAACAGGGACAACUUCUUCAUUUGGUGUUCUUUGUGAUUACCUUUGCCGUUCCUGAAGGUCGUGGAACAAACCCUGAGGUUUAUAGAUCCUGUAAUGGUUGCAUUUUAGGUUCUUUCUGAUUGAUUUCUAUGUCUUGAUUCUGAAGCUUUUGAAACUUGAUAUGGAUCAAGCCACGGAAGCUUUGGUUAUCAUCAAAAUCUUAGCUUGACAAAAUUUGAAUAUUUUGUAUAGGUUGGGUCUGGUUUGUGAGUCUUAACACAAUCCCAGUUUCUCAUAUACAUUCUCAAAGCAGGUCCGUUGUUUAGUUUUGUUGAUGAUUGUGGUUCAGUUGGAUGGUUUUUAACAUAGAACUUCCAUAAAAUCUCAAAUGCUAUGGGAAUGGGAAUGAGAAAAAGAUGAAAUGCUAUCUGACCAAGAACUUUGUGAUUGAUGUUUUGGUUUUGCAGUUCCUUUGACAUUUUUGUUGGUGACCCUUAGCCCUUAAGUCCCUGAUAAUGGCAACUAAUCAGCGAUAACUGGAUCCAAGAUAUCUGACCAAUAGUUGAAGGACUUGUUAUGUCACUUGCUUCUAUUUCAGUUCUUAGCUUGUUAGCUGCUGCUGUUGGCUUCAGUCUCCGACUGCAUUUUCACUCAAAUGAGAAAGCUCCAUCAUUCCUUCCGGCCUCUUCCCCACCCAAGUCGCAUCGUCUCCACCACCGCCGCGCCAUCGUACCCCACCAACCAUGAAAACCACCACCACCUUGAUAAUGAUGAAAACAUCGUAUCCACUCUUGCUGACAUUGUUCGAGGAAACCAAAGCUGGAGUUCAUCUUUCAACAGCACAUUCAUCUCCAACAACUUGAAGACACAUCAUGUCGAAAAGCUCUUGCUCAGAACCCUAGACAAUCCAAGGUUAGCUUUACGCUUCUUCAAUUUCUUAGGCCUGCACAGGAACUUCAACCACUCUACUAUGUCGUUUUGCAUCCUUAUACACGCCCUCGUCCAAAAUAAUCUCUUAUGGCCUGCAUCUUCUCUAAUUCAAACGCUCUUGUUACGAACAUCUGAUCCAAGAAUUGUGUUUGGGCAUUACUACGAUACGUAUGUGAAUUGCAACUUUUCGAGAAGUAUAGGAUUUGAUUUGUUGAUUAACGCCUAUGUUCAAGGGAGGAGGGUGUUAGAUUCUUUUCUGGUUGUGAAUUUGAUGAAAGAGAGGAAUUUGAUGCCUGAGAUUAGGACUGUAAGUGAUGUUUUUAAUGGAUUGAUUCGAAUUAGGCGAUUUGAUUUGGUAUUGAAGUUUUUUGAUGAGAUGAUUGAAAUGGGCAUCAAGGGCAAUGCAUAUAUACAUACUGCUGUAAUUCGAUGUUUGUGCGAGUUGAAGAAUUUUGAUAGGGCAAAGGAAAUGGUACAGUGGUUAGAGUGUAAUGGGUAUGAGUUAAAUAUUAUUGUGUACAAUGUGUUGAUUCAUGGGCUCAGCAAGGGGCAAAGGAUGGAGGAGGCAAUGGAGAGCAAGAAAGUGUUGGCAUUAAAGGGUUUGAAAGCUGAUGUGGUCACAUAUUGCAGUUUAAUUAUGGGUUUUUGUAAAUUACAACAAUUCAAAACGGCUAGAAUUCUAGUGAGUGAAAUGGUGGAGAUGGGAUUUAUUCCAAGUGAGGCAGUUGUUUCAGGUGUCGUAGAUGGGUUGAGAAGAAAUGGUGAUGUUAUUGGUGCUUAUAAUUUGAUAAAAGAUUUGGAGCAUGUUGGAGCAGUGCCAAAUUUAUUUGUCUAUAAUGCGUUGAUCAAUUCGUUAUGCACAGAGGGAAAUGUGAAAGAAGCGGAUUUGCUUUUUAGAAACAUGGGUGCCAAAGGUUUAACCCCUAAUGAUAUUACGUACUCGAUCAUCAUUGAUUCGUUCUGCAAAAGAGGCCAAGUUGAAGAUGGAUAUGUUUUCCUUACAAAAAUGAAAGAUGCAGGAAUAAAAGCAUCUGUUUAUCCAUACAAUUCUCUGAUAAGUGGUUACUGCAAGUCAGGGAAACUAAGAACUGCGGAGUCGCUUUUUGAAGACAUGAUUUGUGAAGGCUUAAGGCCAACAGUUGUAACAUAUACGUCUUUGAUAGAUGGGUACUGCAAACACAGAUAUGUGCCCAAGGCAUUGGGACUUUAUUAUGAGAUGACAGAGAAAAAGAUCUCUCCAAACACAUAUACCUUCACUGCACUGAUUUCUGGUCUUUGUCUUGCAAACAUGAUGACAGAAGCAAGUGGUUUGUUUCAUGAAAUGGUAGAAAGAAAUGUCAUGCCUAAUGAGAUAACUUACAACGUUAUGAUUGAGGGCCAUUGUCGAGAAGGCAACACAGUAAAAGCCUUUGAGUUGCUUGACGACAUGGUGGAGAAGGGUCUCAAACCAGAUACAUAUGCAUUUAGAUCUCUAAUAAGUGGCCUUUGUUCAACAGAUAGGGUAUCCGAAGCUAAAGAAUUUGUAAAUAACCUCAACAAGAAGAAUCGCAAGCUAAAUGAGAUGUGUUAUAGUGCUCUCUUGCAAGGUUACUGCCAGGAGGGACGUCUGGAUGACGCAAUUGAUGCUUGCUACGAGAUGGUAGAGAAGGGAAUCGAUAUGGACCUCGUUUGUUAUUCUAUACUUAUUAACGGAAGCGUUAAACAAGGUGAUGCCACUAGAUUGAUAUACUUUUUGAAAGAAAUGCAUGAUCAAGGAAUGAAGCCUGAUACUGUCUUAUAUACCAGCUUGAUUGAUGCUUUUGGAAAAGCAGGAGAUCUUAAGAAGGCCAUGGGUUAUUGGGAUAUAAUGAUAGGUGAAGGAUGCAACCCCAGUGUUGUGACAUACACUGCUAUAAUCAAUUGCUUAUGUAAAGUAGGAUAUGUGGAUAAGGCUGAGAUUCUAUGCAGGGAGAUGCUUGAUGAUGGCAUCAUUGCGAAUCAUGUUACAUAUGGUUGCUUUCUUGACUGCCUUACUAAUGAAGGGCAUAUGCAAAAAGCAGUACAUCUUCACAAUGCAAUGCUUGAAGGGUCUAUGGCAAACACCAUAACAUACAAUAUAUUGAUCCGAGGUUUCUGCAAACUGGGCAGAUUUGAAGAAGCUACCAAGGCCUUGUUUGAGAUGCAUAAUAAUAGUAUCUUACCUGAUCAUGUUAGUUACUCUACCAUUAUAUAUGAAUACUGUAGAAUCGGUGAACUACAGGAAGCAAUAAAGUUAUGGGACUCCAUGAUUGCUAGGGGUUUGAAGCCCGACAUAGUGGCAUAUAAUUUUAUAAUACAUGGUUGUUGUGUUGCUGGAGAAUUGACCAAGGCAAUUAAGUUGCGUGAUGACAUGAUAAGAAGAGGACUGAAGCCAAAUCAAACUCUACAGCUUCUAUGAUCCAUUCUGGGCCUCUGUUUUUGUGAAGCAAUUGAUCUCACUUCUCCACGUGACUCAUGCUACCAACAAGAGCCGUUCAUCAUGCAGCCUGGGGUGCUCUGGGUUUUCUUUUCCCUGUAAGUAAAUUUUCUGAUGCUAAAGUUCAAUUGUUGUAAUUUGUAAUCUUGAGACUGUGUAAGCUAUUGAUUUUUUGAGUUGGUUUGGGCUCUAUUCUUUUUCACAGUAAAUUAUUAAAAUGUUGUGGUAAGAGGUGUUACUUACAAUAAGUUAUCCAAUCCCAUUGUUGAUUUCUCUUAAAAAGGAUGUAGUAUCCACUAUCCAAUAAAAUAAAUUUAUAAAGGUAUAUGGAUGGGAAAGGG